CUCCUCCCACAUCCUCAGUCCUGUUUUGUUUGGCAACAACGCUAAACCUCUUGUAUAACCACUGCUGAUAUUUACGAGUUUGAAAUUGAUUCGUCAGCUAAGAAAAACAUCACAUCUAUCUUUUAAUCUGAACAUUUCUUUCUGACAAUACACCGAAACCAUCAUGAUGGUCGGAUUCGGCUGUCCGGUAAUCCUGUGGCUGGCCUUGGCCGCCGUGCAGGGCUCGGUCCUCGGGCUCGGUGAGGACAUGGACCGGUCCCUGAUCGGGCCUCCAGGCUCUCCCGUCCGGCUGCAUGAGUCCGACGCUGGGCUGAAGAAGGCUCUGCAGUUCGCGGAGGAGCGCUACAACCAAGGCUCCAACGCCAUGCACCUCCGCAAAGUCAGCAGGCUCCUCUCGGCCACCAAACAGCUUGUCAAGGGUAUCCGCUACUCCAUCACAGUGGAACUGAGUAACACUCAAUGCAAGAAAUCCACCAUGCUCAGGACAUGUGACUUCUAUCCCGAGAUACAGAAACUCAAGACGGAGGUGUGUUUGUUUGAAGUGUGGGACAUUCCCUGGCAGGGCACUUCCACUCUGCUCAAGCAGAAGUGCCAGCCUAAAGUUGAAGUUCAACAAGAAGAGACAAACAACAUCGUCGAUGCAUCAACCAGCCAGCCUCUGGAGGACUCUGUGGAGCUGUUGGGCCAGUUCAAAGAGUUCAUGGUCAAAUACAACAAGGACUACAGCAGCCAGGAGGAGGCAGAUUAUCGUCUGUUUGUCUUCCACGAGAACCUGAAGACCGCUGAGAAGCUGCAGACUUUAGACCAAGGCUCAGCCGAGUAUGGAGUCACCAAGUUCAGCGACCUGACUGAGGAAGAGUUCCAGUCUGCAUACUUGAACCCGCUGCUGAGUCAAUGGAAUCUUCACCGACUAAUGAAACCGGCUCCUCCUGCCCGAGGUCCCGCCCCUGCCAGCUGGGAUUGGCGGGAUCACGGGGCUGUCAGUUCUAUCAAGAACCAGGGUAUGUGUGGAUCCUGCUGGGCAUUUUCUGUGACUGGCAACAUCGAAGGCCAGUGGUUCCUGAAAAAUGGAACGCUGCUGUCCCUCUCUGAACAAGAGCUGGUUGACUGUGAUGGGCUGGACCAGGCGUGCAAAGGCGGGCUGCCGUCCAACGCUUACGAAGCUAUAGAGAAGCUGGGUGGCCUGGAGACAGAGACAGACUACUCCUACACCGGCAAGAAGCAGAGCUGUGACUUCACCAGCAUGAAGGUGGCCGCCUACAUCAACAGCUCGGUGGAGCUGUCCAAGGACGAGAAGGACAUUGCAGCUUGGCUGGCUGAGAAUGGACCCGUCUCUGUUGCACUGAAUGCCUUCGCCAUGCAGUUCUACAGGAAGGGUGUGUCUCACCCUAUGAAGAUCUUCUGCAACUCCUGGAUGAUCGACCACGCUGUGCUGAUGGUGGGAUACGGAGAACGUAAAAAUAUCCCAUUCUGGGCCAUCAAAAACAGCUGGGGAGAGGAUUAUGGAGAGCAGGGUUACUACUACCUCUACAGGGGGUCCAAUGCGUGUGGGAUCAACCAGAUGUGCUCAUCUGCUGUCGUCAACUAAACCACCAACACCCAAUAUACACACACUCACACACAAUUGAUCAAAAACACAUGAUGAUUACACACACACACACACACACACACACACACACACACACACACACACACACACACACACACACACACACACACACACACACACACACAUCACUUCAGGGGACAUUACAUUUACUUACAUGUAUUUCCUGGAGACUUAUCCUAACCUUAACCAUAACCAACACAUGCCUAACCCUUACCCUUACCCUAAACCUAACCAAGUCUUCACCCUAAAAUGAAUGAUUCCCCUCAUGGGGACCUCCAUUUUGUCCCCAUAAGGGAAGCCAGUCCCCACACGUGACUGUGUAAACAGAUGUAGGUCCCAACAAGUAUGGUAACGCUAGACCACACACACGUAAAGUCCUACUGAUGUUACUUUUCCGUUAAACCAAACUCACAUCUUCAUACCUCAUACCUCACACCUCGUGUCAGUUUACUAAAAGUAUACCAGCUCUAAUAAAGCUAGUUUUUCUUAGGACUUUGAUCCUUAUUUUAAAGUAAAGUAUUUGUGCAGAUUUUAUUCCGUUUGGUCAUAGUGGUUGCUGUGUUGUAUGCAGUUUUGGUUUUUAACUCAUUUUUCCUCACAGUAACUGAUUUCUAGUUUGAUGAAGAGCGUGCAAUAUUGUAGUUAGUGUUCUGUCUUGUGGGUUUUCUUUGAUGUUUUUAACAGUGUUCAUGCUAAUGCUAUUUAGCACUGGAGUUUUGAAAGAUGGGAGUUUUACCAUAUAUUGGUCUGCACAUAUGCUCCGAUCGUAACUGCAAUGAAAUUGUAAAAACUGCUGUUAGACAGUCACACUUGAAUGAAGGUUGAAUAAAAAAGUGUGGAAUCCAA